AUAAAUGAUAUCAAUUCAGGUGAUAUGAUAUGAAAGAGGCACUUGUAUAUGAUUUAGCCGGAUGAAAUUAUAAUAAAUAUUUCACACAAGUAAAGAAAAACGUGGAGAGUAACAUUAAAACCACUUCUGUGUUAAAAAAAUUAGAGGAACAGAUUUAAAAAGGAGACAAAUAGACAUUGAAAAUAAAAAUAAAAACGUGUUUAAACAUUUAUGAAUAGACUUAAGAAAAUAUAAUAAAAAAGAUCGGAAGACAUGGCGAGUUUAACCGCUGAACAAAACGAGCAACCGUCAGACUUCCGGUACGAUAUGGGGUUCACAUCAUAUCCUGUUCAAGCACCAGAUACGUUAACAAACGGCGGACUACAAUACCAUGAAUACGACUGGACUCAAGCCCCAGACGCCGGAAGUGGGGCUCGAUCAAUGUACCAUUUACCAGAAAGCAUUGACGGAUCAUACAGUUCUUAUAUGGGAUAUCCAGGCGUUCAUCAUGGUGAUGUGGGUUUAAUGUCGACGCCAACAUACAUUCCAGCCACUGAAAUGUCGUUCUCUACCCCGUUAUCGCACGUGCCGUAUCCAACGCACGAGAACUACUAUCACUCCGCGUACAGCUCAGUUUCACCAGCCAGUAGUAGCGGUUCGAAUAGCUCGACGAGCACAAGUAAUGGACAGAAACCUAAACGUAAACGCGUACAAUCAGUAAUGCAACGUAAAGCCGCUAACGUUAGAGAACGCCGACGUAUGUUUCAUUUAAACGAAGCGUUUGACGAGUUAAGAAAACGUCUUCCAGCAUUUAAUUACGAGAAAAGACUAUCGAGAAUCGAAACUCUUAGACUGGCUAUGACUUAUAUAGCAUUCAUGAAAGAUGUUUCUGACGGAAAGGAACCUGACAAUGUUAAAUUAUUAGAAAUUCAAAGAAAAUCGGAACAACUUUUGGACGGACAAGAUUGUAGUGACGUUGACUUAGAUGAUUAAAAAAAAAUAUUUGUGGAGUUUGAACAAUUUGGUCGGAGGUCUACAAAAGUGCAAUGUGAUAAUUUUUGUGUUCAUUCAUAUAUUUUUAUUUUGUUUUUAUUUUAUUUUAUUAUUAUUUUGUGUGCGUGUAAAUACAUUGGUCAGUUGAUGAUAUAUUAAUUGAUGUUUAAAGAUAAUAAAUGUACUAUGUUUUUUAUUUAUGUGUUCAUAAAAAUGUGGCAAGCUAGCUCAAGAAAAUAGUGGGAUUUCAAAGUCUUGUGUUUUUAUUAUUAUUAUUAUUAUUAUUAUCGGAUUCUUUAAUCUACCUUAUAUGUACUUCAUUUCAAAAACAUAAUUUAAUUUAACUAAAAUAUUAUAGAAAUGCUUUUUAAGAAGUUUUAAUAGUAAAAAAAACGUUACUUUCUAUUUUGCAACGAAAGCUUUAAUUCUUUUUUCGUUUUAACACUUAAUGAACCGAAACCAUGUAAAGAUAUGAUUUUCGAUGUAUCUUGUAACAAAAUAUCAUUUCUUAAAUUUUCUUUUAUCUCAUAAAAUGGACAGUAUUAAAUUGUUUGACAAUGAAUUGCAAUUGUUUUUUGGGGAAAGACAGUAGGUAAAAUUUUUGGUUUAUAAAGUUACUUCGAAGUGACAUUUAAAAAUUUUUUUAGGGGAUAAUUUCUUUUUAUAUGUUGUUCAUUAUUUAAAGACUAUGUUUGUAAACGUCUCAUUUUAUGGGUUGACUUUUUAUAUAUACAUGUAUCUUUAAAUAUAAUGUAUUAAAAUGGCUUAGUAACUUAGUAACUUAUUCUAUAGUUCUUGAAAAGCAUACUGUUGCAAUUCGAUUUGUCUUGCUUUAUUGAAGAAAUUUAUAUAUAUGGGUUAUUCUCAUGUAACAGUUAUAUUUGUACGCAUUAAAAAUUAGAUUACGUAACUUCCUCUGUUGUAGACAUGACGUCAUUUCCUGUAUAGAUAAAGACUGAAAGUUUGAAAAUAUAGCACUUUUACAAGCUUGCUUAGGAAUCUACUGAUUUGCAUUUUGAUUUAAAUGGCAUUGAUGAUAUUUUAUUAUUUUGUUGAAAUAUAUUUUUUCAUUAAAAUUGGAAUGUCAUACAUUGUUUUUCAAGUACUAUGCAAAUAUCACAUUUUAUAAUUCACCAAAGAUUAAAGGAAACAUUGUACUAUGUCUUUGUUCCUUUAGUAUUGGUUGAGCUAAUGAUUAUUAUUUGUCAUAUAAACUUAUUUAUUAUUUAAACAUACAUUUAAAUGUAUGUUAUAUGUCUUCCAUGACGAAUUGUCUUCCUUGGCGAGUUGUCUUCCUUGAUCUCGAGGUAAUAAAUGAUAAAAUUAUAAA